UACACAUCUCAAUGCAAAAUACAGAGAGAGAGAGAGAUGGAAACCUAUUAUCUUCUCACAAUUCUUCUUACUUUUCUUUUUGUCUCAAACCUUCGUACAAGCUUAGCAGCCACCACCACCACCGGUACUUCUUCCACCAAAAAAUACACAAGUUACGUUAAAACGGCUUGUAGUUCAACCACAUACCCGAAAGUGUGUUACAGUUCGCUCUUACCCCACGCUUCCAAAAUCAAAGCGAAUCCCCGGAAUCUCUGCAACACUGCCCUCUCGGUGGCGAUAAAAGCGGCGCGCAACGCGUCAUCAACGAUAUCAGAGCUAUCGAAACAGAAGGGAUUGACGAAAAGCGAAGUGGGGAUCAUAAAGGAUUGCAUGGAGAACAUCGGGGAUAGCAUUGACGAGCUCAAACAAUCUCUGAACGAAAUGGGAAAUCUUGGAGAGUCUGAUGUGAAAGUUCAGAUAGAUGAUAUAAAGACUUGGGUUAGCACAGCCAUAACAGAUGAAGAUACAUGCACCGAUGGGUUCGAUGGCCAGAAGGUAAGCGCGAAGGUGGAGAACAAGAUCAGGAAGAGUAUUCUCCAUGUUGCUAUGCCGACUAGCAAUGCUUUGUCUAUCAUUAACACUCUUUACUCCUACUAAUUUAACCUUAUUAAUUCAUGAACCCUUUUCCCUCUUAA